ACAUCCGCCGGCAGCGGGAAGGGGCCGGCGCCGGGCCCGGCGGUGCGGCGGCGCUCCCCGGUUCCCUUCACCACCGCUGCGAGGGGCCGCGGGCCCCGCCGCCGGCCGCAGGAUGCCGCUGGGGCUGAAGCCCACGUGCAGCGUGUGCCGCAGCACGUCCUCCUCCAUGUGGAAGAAGGGCGGCCAGGGCGAGAUCCUGUGCAACAACUGCACGGCGCGCUCCGCCCCGCCGGGGCCCGCCGCCUUCGCCACCACCUCGGCCGCCGCCCAGCACAGCAACGGCGGCGGGGGGGGAGGCGGCGGCGGCGGCGGCGGGGGCGGCGGUGGUGGUGGUAGCGGGGGGAAGCAGAGCAAGCAGGAGAUUCACCGGCGCUCCGCCCGGCUGAGGAACACCAAGUACAAGUCCGCGCCCGCCGCCGAGAAGAAGGUUUCCACGAAAGGCAAGGGGAGGAGGCACAUUUUUAAGUUAAAAAAUCCCAUCAAGGCUCCCGAGUCUGUAUCCACUAUAAUUACAGCCGAGUCAAUCUUCUACAAGGGUGUGUACUAUCAAAUCGGAGAUGUUAUUUCAGUGGUUGAUGAGCAGGAUGGAAAAACAUACUAUGCUCAGAUCCGUGGGUUUAUUCAGGACCAAUACUGUGAGAAGAGCGCUGCGCUAACCUGGCUCAUUCCUACGCAAGCCAGCCCCAAAGACUGUUUCGACCCUGCAUCCUAUAUCAUAGGACCAGAAGAAGAUCUCCCAAGGAAGAUGGAAUAUUUGGAAUUUGUUUGUCAUGCGCCUUCAGAAUACUUCAAAUCUCGGUCGUCUCCCUUCCCUACAGUUCCUACAAGACCAGAGAAGGGAUAUAUAUGGACUCAUGUGGGACCUACUCCUGCAAUCUCCAUUAAAGAAACUGUUACCAAUAAUUUAUAGCUUUUUUAAAGGAAUAUUUUGGACCAGUUAUUUUCAGUAUAUUCUCAGGUCUACAAAUACCGUAUGAGAAGUUUAAAAAAUUAUAAAGUGUUCUGUUUACUUUA